GAGGGCCUCAUCUUCUUACGCUCAGACGAUCUCGUUGUAUCCGCGUGGUGCUGAGUUGACCAAUCAGCGGAAAGCGGGUAACCGUUGGGGUAUUAGAACCUUAAAAAAAACAGCGGCAAAUAACAACAGCUUGUUGCUCUGGUUCACUCCCUGCUAACCAAAGAGUAAAUAGAAAAGUCCAGUAUCAAAAAGCAAUUUGCUGAAUAUUAAGUGGGGCGAGAUGUCAAAGAGAAGAAUAUUUUAUUCGGAAACAUACAACGAUGAUGACUUCGAGUACAGGCAUGUUGUGCUGCCGACGGAGCUGUCUAAACUGGUGCCCUCCACCCAUCUGAUGACAGAGGAGGAGUGGAGAGGACUUGGGGUGCAACAGAGCAAAGGCUGGGUUCACUACAUGGUCCACAAACCAGAGCCACACAUACUGCUUUUCAGAAGGCCUCUCCGAAAGGAAUGAAUGGAAGCCAACUGUGAAAUAUGUAUUGUAUUUGAUCAUUUGUACUGGCAACAGAUCAUACAUCUCUAUAUGUCUACAUAUGUUCUAAUGUAUUGUGUUAAAAACCUGUAGUGUUGUGAUUUGUUCUUGCAAAGUCCCUCAUUUUUUUAGAGGUACAAAGAAACAAACCAUUUUUUCUUACUGUGAAUUCUAAACUUUCUACACAAUAUGAAGGGGAAAGUUUGCCUGUCAGUUGUAGACUUUCAACACAUCUUUUGAAAAAUCUUUCCAUGUUAUUUUGUCAGUGUGGGUUGAUUUCUUAUAGGGCUUUAUUUUUGUGUAAACACAUUUUUCCUCAAAUAUUUAAACCUGUUUUUGUGUUUUGUACAUAUAUUACUAGAUAUUUUAGAUGUUGCUUCUGAGUUGACUGUCAAGUUUUUUGUUACUCUGAGAACAAAAUUCAUUAUACAUGUUUGUUCCUUGUUUUCAUGCUACAUUACAUUACGUUACAUUUGCAUUACAGAUCUGUAAUUUCUUUUUUUUUUUUUUUUUUUUUUUUGAGUGACUGAUGUUCAGUCAGAAACAGUGACAAUUAGUGGGGUGGUAAAUUCUGAGUGUCUGAUGCCCAUGGAGUAGGAUGGUGCCCGGGCCUUGUGAGCUGUGACUUUCUCUGGGUUAUAAGUCCCUGGACCUGGUUUCUUGGUGCCAUCCCUGGGUAAACUAUGGCGUCCCAACAUGGAAAACGCAGGCUUUCGGGGCAGGUAAAUAUUUGGGUCUGUACUGUUGUAGCUGCAGGGCCCAGGUGUUUUGGCUAAAUCCAGGGACGGUCCCCCUACACUUAAACUACCUGACAUGGUGUAACUUGCACUGGCUGGCUUGUUGGCGACUUGAGGGCCCAGAAGUGAAGGCAGACAGUAUUUGUUAGGAGCAGGAACUGGGUCUACGCUGCGGUAGUGUGUGCGAGCUCCCAUUGUAUAGGAUGGAGGUCUGCGCUGCAGGUUGCAUGGUGGCGCUCUCUCGGGGCUGUAGGCACCAGGUCCAGGAGUGUAGAAUAGCUCUUCUAUUGAACAGAAAAGUAAUACAGCAACACCAUAUUAUGGAGUGUAGUUAUUGGGGAUGAGCCGACUCUGGAGCUCUAGAAAUAUCAGAGGCAAAUGCAUAUUGUACAAUUGUACAAUCUUAAACUUGAACUUGAGUUAUGAAUUAGGUUAUAAAGAUUAAGCAGUAUAUGAAUUUAAAAUAAACUUUAACUCAAAAGGAAUUUUUACU